AUGCCAAACACCAAGACUGUACAUGUUCCCCAUUUGGGCGGCAUUGAGGCCGCCUAUCAGAUGCCUAAACCUUACAACUCUGCUAAGCCAACACUGGUACUUGUCAAUAGCUUCACCACUAGCUCCGAACUGUACCACAGUCAGUAUGCCAACGAAGACCUUACCGAUGCGUUGAACUUGAUCGCCAUCGAGCUUCUUGGGCACGGGCAAACUAGGACCAAGUCGGAGAAUUUCACCUACUGGGAUACGGCAAUCAUGAAUCUCCAAGUGAUCGACGCUCUGCAGAUUACGGGCAAGAUUUUCGUCCUAGGAACCAGCCAAGGAGGUUGGAUUACUGUGCGCAUGGCAUUACUUGCGCCCGACAAGAUUGCAGGAAUUAUUCCCUUGGGAACAUCACUUGACAACGAGAAUGAUCGCACCGUAUCCUUGGGAUGUUGGGACGGCCCUGCAUUACUGAAGGAUAACAUCCAGGCGUGGACCUCGAAUGAAAAGACGCCUGAUUUCGAGCCAACUCUUGAAUACUGUAAUUUCCUGAUUGACAUUGGCUUUGGCAAGGAUGUUGAUCAGGAGACCAGAAAGUUUUGGCAAGAUACGAUCAGGUCUAACUAUCAAGGUGAUGAGGGGCGUCGCAGGAUUCGUAUGGCGGCAAUCAACCUGGCCGAAAGAGAUGGGCUGCACUCACGCUUGUCGGACGUUCGCUGCCCAGUACUUUGGCUGCAUGGUACCGACGACGCGGUCUACACGGUUGCGAACGCGGAAGUGGAAAUCAAGAAGUUUGUUAACAGUCCUGACGCAAAGUUACAGGUCGUCCAGGGUGGCAAGCAUUUCCUCUCAUUCAGUCAUCCUGAGGAGGUUGACGGAGCUUUGAUUGCUCUGGCGAAGAAGUAUGGAAACUGGUGA